GUGACGCACGUGCAUUUCUCUCGUAUUUCCCAGCCGAGCUGACAUUAACUUAACGGCAAACGGCAAGGUAUUGAUGGAUUGAAAUAGAAAACUCCCAUUAUCAUACAUGAGCGUUGAAGUGAAAUUACGGUCUAAGUGUUGAAAGUGAUACCUUUAUGGUAUGUGGUAGUCACUUUAUUGGAGAUGUAUUUUAAGAUGUAGGGCGGAACCGACUCACUCAUCAAAGUCAGUGAAGUAAAUACAGGAAGUAAACAAGAGCAUUGAAGAAAGUUUUAAAAAAAAUCCUCAAGCUUGUGUAUAGUGAUAUUGGAAUACGCUCUUACAUGAUCUUUUCUUGUGUGUGAAACCUUCAUGGAUUUAUAUCAUUUACCUAAAAUUGCUUUGAAUGUUUCAAAAGACCAUUAUAACGGAUAAUAAUGGCUUUUGGAGUUUACAUAAUCAUAUCUACUUGGCCAAACAUAGGCACAGACUUCAUGUACCAAGUUUGUUUUCAAAUACAGUGUCAUGUAUAAUUUAAAACAUUUUGUUCCGGAAUUAACUCAAUGUGUGUGUAUGAAGCUGGAAUAUUAGAUAAGAAAUUUCAAAAUCAAUUUUGACUUGCAUAGCUCGAUCGAUAUUGUGGUGAAUUGCUAAAACAAUGCCAAACCGGUUUACCACCACGUGAGAAACAUUAUACCGGUAACGUUAAUCGAGUUGUACCGUUGUUGUCGUCUGUAAUAAAAUACACGUGCAUGAAGUUGCUGUGAUGCUGACCGCGGGUGUGGGAACUGACCACUGACCGUGGAGAUUGACCACUGACCAAUGCUGCUGUGGCCGCUUGUGUUUCUGGUUACUGCCCUCGACCCUGCAACAUCACAGUUGGUGAGAGAGUAUGAGUUUGAUCUGAAGUACCACGAGGCCGACACGCCCUGGCUCACUUGUCCUCCAGGCUGGCAGAAAUUUGGCGUUGAGUGUUUCAAGGUGUUCAUAGAACAGGUCACAUUUUCUGAAGCUGAGGACAUUUGUAUAAGGUCUGGCAGUUUGAUCGUCAAAGUUUCAGGACUGAGCAAAAACCAAGUGAUCGGUAAAAGAGUGCAGAACAUAGGUCAGACUUCAACAUACUGGAUUGGUCUUCAAAGAAAGAGGUCUGGUGUUUGGCAGUGGUCAGGCGGCCAAAAAGCCAGUAUAUAUGAGGGAAUAUGGCAGAUAGGUGAACCCACGAUCACAGGUGAUCACCGUGACCUUUGUGUUGCUGUUGAUGUGGGUCAGAAUGGAGGGGGACAGUUCCGUUGGAGGGCUACAGGUUGUGGCACCAGGCUGGGGUUUGUGUGCGAGAUGCAGGCCUGUGGGGUUGGGGAUAUACGAUGUGGGGACGGAGCCUGUGCCCCGGGCUCAGGAAUGUGUGACGGGGUGCCAGACUGCUCGGAUGGCAGUGACGAGAUUGGCUGUGACAUAGAAAAAGUAUGCAACAAGUGCAGUAUUUAUGAAGCUGUUCGGUGUUGCAUGAAUUCAGGGAAUGAAUGUGGAGGCAAGGUUCUGGCAACAGAUACAAAGUCUGGCAUCACGGUGACAUAUCCUGGAGCUGGAAUAACGGAGUACCCACCUCUACAGAGAUGUCACUGGACCCUGGAGGGACCCAGGGGAUACACCAUACAUAUAGAGUUCAGUCACUUUGAUACAGAGGAAGAUUUUGACAUUGUCAAAGUGUUGGAUGGGGUGGGGACAGGGGCACCAAUACUUGGGGAGUUUUCUGGGUCUUCACCCCCUCCUGCCCUCUGGUCGACCUCUCCAGCUGUCCUAGUGACCUUCACCUCUGACCAUAGCAAGGCAGCCACUGGCUUCAACUUUACAUGGAGAACUGUUCCACUACCAAAGAUGGGAGAGUUAUCUGCCACUUUCAGUCCCCAACAAAUUAUCUCCCCUAUUCCUCAGAGUCAUGGCAACCAGCAGCUGAGUUGGAAUGUUACUGCUAAUGUGGGAAGGAUCAUAACCAUAAUAAUCACACGAGUGGAACCAGGCUCCGGAGGAUGGCUAGAGCUACGAGAUGAUGUCGACACUGAAGCUACAAUGAUCUCCCAAUACACCGAACUCACACAACAUGACGUUGUCUUUUCCACUGGAGGCAGCGUGUACAUUCACUUCAGUCCUAACAUCUCGCACCCAUCGUGGGGGAUUAACUUUACAUAUCAUUCAGGUUGUGACUUGAAGUUGACCUCAGGGUUUGGCCAGCUGAGGUCACCAGGGUUCUCUAUUGGAGCCUACCCAGGGGGUUUGAACUGCACCUUCACUCUGGAGGAUCAACUCUCCAGGCAUAGGACACUCAUCUUCAACUCCUUUGACACAGAGGAUACUUAUGACUAUGUACAGAUUGCUGAUAUGCCUAACCUUGCUCCCCUGAGUGGUCAGCCAGAUGAGGUGUCCUGGUCAGUGGAUGGUCAGCUGGUGUUCAAGUUUGUAACUGACCAACAGGUGUCCCGGACAGGCUGGUCAGCAGCCUUCUCUUUUGAUUGCCAUGACAACAGAUCUCAUCCUGCUCACUUGACUGUGUCCAAUAGGACAGUCCCGUUCGGGUCUUCUUCAAGCUACAACUGUGAUACUGGCUACCACAUAGUGGGUGCCAGCCAGCGCCACUGUGAUAUCGGGGGAGUGUGGAGAACACCCCUCCCAUCAUGCAAAUUAAUAUACUGCGGUCCACCAGAGACACUAACCAAUGGAGUGCUGGAGAUGGUUACCAGCAGAUACAUGUACAACAAAGGCACUGCCCACUAUUCAUGCCAGCUUGGCUACCAGAUGGAAGGGUCAGGGGUCAUCAAAUGUACUAUUGAUGGCUGGGAACCACUGCCCAUCUGCAUGCCUGUAUCCUGCCCUAAGUUGCUGCCACUACAUUUUGGGAGAACACUGACACCCUUCUACUACCAUCACCUUAAGCGUGUGCUGUUUGAGUGUAGCCAGGGAUACCGACUGGUGGGCUAUGGUGCUGCAGAGUGUAGAGUGAAUGACACUGGUCAUGCCCACUGGUCCCAUCCCCACCCGCAGUGUCUUCCAGAAACAGAAGUGUUUUGUGAUGAGAUCAAACUACCUCAUGGAAGUGUAAAUAUCAGUGGACCAAUCAAAGCAGGGCAAACUGUCCAUGUGACCUGUAACCAUGGAUACCAUCUGACUUCAUCUUAUGACAUCAUUUCUUGUACCGAGGAAGGAAGUUACAGCAAUGAAAUACCACUGUGUGAAGAUAUAGAUGAAUGUGGGAAUAGCCCCUGUGGUGACCAUGAGUGUCUGAAUAUAGAGGGGUCAUUCUGGUGCCUGUGUCAGCCUGGCUUCUACCAUCUCAAUACCUCAUAUGUCCUCUGUACUGACAUUGAUGAAUGCAAGGUGGACAAUGGCGGUUGUGAGCAGCAGUGUGUGAACACAGCUGGGGGGUACCGGUGUGAGUGUGAGAGUGGUGCCCGCCUUUAUAAUGAGACCACCCCCAUCACGUUGGGAUCUAAAGUUCUGCUGCCCAACAGAACAUGCUACGUGCUUUGUUCAGCCCCUGACCCAAGUGAGUUGGAUGUAUUUUAUACAAUUGAUUCUGUCCAAGAUGGCAGCUACAUCAACACCACCUCCUUAUGGGCCCAGUGUCCUAGUAAUGCUCUCACUGAUGGAGGAACUGGUCCAAUACAUUGUCAGUCUGAUGGCAGCUGGUCAGAAGAGCUUCCAUCAUGUAUAGUGCAGAAAUGCCAACACUUGCCACAACCUCAAAAUGGUGCGGUGAUCUACACAGCUGACAUGGAGUUGGGUAGCUUUGCACGCUAUGCUUGUAAGCAUGGUUACUAUCUCCAAGGCAACUGGCAUCGCUACUGUGAGCUGGGGUAUGAAAAUGGGCAGCUUACACCACUGUGGACGGGACAAGAUUCAAAUUGUCUACCUGUGGAAUGUGGUCAUCCACCAGACAUUGACAAUGGUAUUUUGAGGGCAACAUCGGUCAUGUAUGGUGGAGUGGCUAUAUACUUCUGUCUCCCUUACUAUGAGCUCAAGGGUGGGGACACUAGGAUGUGCCAGGCAGAUGCCUCGUGGAGCUCUCAGCUUAUUCAGUGUAUUGCCCAGACCUGUCCUCAGCCAGUUGUGAGUGAGGAUGUUACCAUGACAACAACCACAAGUGUGUAUGGUCUUGGAGAUCAGAUACGGUUUACUUGCUCUAAGGAGGGAUACCAGAUAUCAGAUCCAUUUCCAAGGAUAUGUCAGUUGGGUAUUAUGGAGAUGGAACCAUACGUCACAGUGCCUGUGUACUCUACCACACUGACCUUGACCUUCACAGACAGUGUUGAUACAGACUGUGUGUUCAAUUACACUAGUCAAUUAAAAUCCAAUUUAGCAGAUGCCUGGGAAGAUGGGAUAUUCAAGUGUGGCAGUCUAGUUGACCUUCAGUUGUCUUCUAAAGGCUCUGAACUCAACAUCUUGAAUCCAAACCAGGAAACUAUUGUUAUGGUGCUGAACUUUACACCUGAUUCCAGUGUCAUUGAUAUGACUUUGAAUACCUCGUGUUUGGAACAGUUAGGACAAGCCUUGCUGAGUGGUACCUAUGCCAACCAACUGUAUUUAUUUAAGAAUGGCAGUCAUCAGUGUCCAUCGAUACCAGUAAGUGCAAGUAGUCGCACACUUGGGUCCUGGAACUAUGAUUGCAGCACAGGAAUACUACAGUCUGCCACCGGUCUCUGUGUUCAUGUUAAGUCAGAGCCUAAUCCUCUGUCUAUCAAAGAAACUCCAGAAAAUCCGGCCCAAAAUAUUACUACAAGUUUCAUAAACUUGACAGCAUAUAACCAUUACCUGGAAAGCUCUGUUAUAGCAUAUGGUUCUUCUUACAUCCCACUGAUGUCUGCAGAAGAAGAGAGAACUACGGCAAAUCAUCUUUUCAUAUCUUCCUCUGUUAUAGCCUCAGUAAUGCUUUUAUAUCCACACUAUUCCACUGCAUUAGGGCUCUUAUAUAGUGCCAACAUUACUACACUAGAUUAUAGCAUGCCCUUGCACUCUGCACAUUUACAGAAUUUCAGCACUGUGCAAAGCCAGUCUACAGAAAGUGGGCUUUUUUCAUCUUUGUAUGCUAACUCACAGUAUUUCCCAAUUUUGGGCAGUCAUCCUUCCAUCAGCGGACAUUACUUAGCUUCUUCAACAGGUGGACAUUACUUGUCCUCUUCCACAAGUGGACAUUACUUGUCCUCUUCCACAAGUCAUCAUUACUUGUCCUCUUCUACAAGUGGACGUUUCAUGACCCAUUCCACAAAUGGAAAUUACUUGACCCCUUCCACAAGUGGACAUUACUUGUCCUCUUCCACAAGUGGACAAUACUUGACUCGUUCCACAAAUGGACAUUACUUGUACUCUUCCACAAGUCAUCAUGACUUGACCUCUUCCACAAGUGGACAUUACCUGUCCUCUUCCACUAGUCAUCAUUACUUGACCUCCUAUACAAGUGGACAUUACUUGUCCUCUUCCACAAGUGGACAAUACUUGACCCCUUCCACAAGUGGACAUUACUUGUAUUCUUCCACAAGCCAUCAUGUCUUGACCCCUUCUACAAGAGGACAUAACUUGUACUCUUCCACAAGUCAUCAUGACAUGUCCUCUUUCACAAGUGGACAUUACUUGACCUCUUCAACAAGUGGACAUUUCUUGACAUCUUCCACAAGUGGACAUUACUUGACCUCUUCAACAAGUGGACAUUUCUUGACAUCUUCCACAAGUGGAAACUUCUUGACAUCUUCCACAAGUGGACAUUACUUGACCUCUUCAACAAGUGGACAUUUCUUGACAUCUUCCACAAGUGGACAUCUCCUGUCCCCAUUUCCAUCAAGCUAUUCUUCUAUCUCAAAUGCAAGCAGCAACGUGCAUGUUAAAUCAGUUAAAACUACAUCUGCAUCAAGAGAAGAUCUUUACUCUUCAGAACAAUUGCACGGCUUUGGUGAUGUUGAUGUUGCAAAAGAGCAUAUUUCUAUCGGAAAAGGUUCAUCAGCAUCUUACUGGCCACACUUUGGUAUGAACACUCAAAGCAUGUCUGCACAAUCUGGGCACAGUAGUUUGCAGAAUAGUUCUUUUGAGAUAUUGACUGAAGGAAAAUACACCAAAUACCUUGAGACAGUUUCAAAACUCCCAUCUUUGACUUUGAGCAUGAAAAGAAGUGGCAAGUACACUAGGCCACAAGGUGCAUUAGAUUCAGAGAAGUCACAUAUAUCAAUGACCCCGCUUUAUGAGACAGGAACAGCAUCAAUAUCUAUAGCAAUAGUAGAUGAGUACAUAUUGCCAGAGGUUGAUAAAGACUUUGGAUCUUCCGUGGAAGUAUCGUUAGUGACAGAUUACAUUCACCAAGCUAUAGAAACACCUGAAAAUGGAGGAGUAUACAAACCCAAAUUAAAAAAGAUGUCAACUUAUUCAGAUAUUUUCCCUUCAUUUUCUGAGAAGAGUUUUGAAAAUGUAAAGAUAUUUCAAACAUCAGUAUUUCAAGGUCUAACAUCUGAAUUCAAGGAAACAAAACAAUCACCAUAUGGUAGCAACAAGUUUGUUGAUAUGAACAUUUUGACAUCCAUAUCUCGUUUGUUUUCAAAAUCACUAGAAACUGCAAAAUUGCAUUUUCUAAACCCAGAUGCAUCACAGUAUGUUUCAAAGUUUGAAACGUCUUCAUAUGGGUCUCAGAAAUCUGCUUCUUUUUUACAGACAUCAGUGAUUCCAAAUAUAUCUGUAUACUCAGUUCUGCAAAGUAAAAAGAUAUUUCUCAUUUCAUCUGUAUCUCCUCUCCCAACACUUAUACAUUCUCCAACAUUGACACUGGCUUCAAUUGUUUCAGCUUCACUUUCCAUGUACAGAAUUCUUCCAUUUGAAUCAUCUUUAUCAAAGGUAUACCCAUUAGACUCAUUGAUAGAAUCAUCUUUGUCCAACAUAUUUCCAUUAAAAUCAGUUAAUAAAUCAUCUUUUCUAAAUGUAUCCCCAUCAAACUCAAUAUUUGAAUCAUCUAUAUCAAACAAACCCCCAUUAAAACCAAUGUUAGAAUCAUCUUUGUCAACAGUAUCUCCAUUAAAAUCAAAUUUUACAGUCAAGUUUGCAUCAAAAUCAAUAGUUGAAUUAUCUUUGUCAUUGUUUUUUCUAUCAAAAUCAUUAAUUGAAUCAUCUUUAUCAAAUAUAUCUCCAUCAAAAUCCGCCUAUGAAUCAUCUCUUUUAAACAUAUCUUCAUCAGAUUUACUGUUUAAAUCAUCUUUAAUGAAGUUAUCUAGUUCAAAAACAUCUUCACAAAAGUUAUCUCUAUCAAAACCAUAUCCAUCAAAGGUUUCUCAAUCAAAAACAUUUUCAUUAAAGGUAUCUCCAUCAAAAUCAUCUAUUCAUAAAGUAUCUGCAUCUAAAUCAUCUGAAGUAUCUCCAUCAAAAUUAACUUUAUCCAAGGUGUCUCCAUCAAAAUCAUCUUCAUCAAAGGUAUCUCCAUUAAAAUCAUCAUCAAAAGUAACUUCAUCAAAAUCAACUUUAUCAGAGGUGUCUCCAUCAAAAUUGUCUUCAUCAAAGUUGUCUCCAUCAAAAUCAUCUCCAUCAAAGAUAUCUGCAUCAAAAUCAUCUUCAUUAAAGAUUUCCCCAUCAAAAUCAACUUCAUCAAAGAUACCUCCAUCAAAAUCAACAUCAAAAACACAUAUUUCUGAAUUGUUUUCAAUAAAGAUAUCUGCAUCAAAAUCAUCUUUUUUGAAUAUAUCUGCAUCAAAAUCAUCCUUAUCCCAGGUAUCUUCAUCAAAAUCACCAAUUAAAUCAUCUUCAUCAGAAGUGUCACCAUUUAAAUCAUCUUCUUCAAAGGUAUCUCCAUCAAAUUCAGACUUAUUGUUUAAGUCCCUCACAAAUGUUGGAACAUUUAUUUUCAAACCUGAUGUCCAAAUAGCCUCUUUACUUUUGCUGCAGCCAUUAGAAGCUUCACCAACAUUACCAUCAUUGUUGCCAUUAUCAUUAUCCUCCUCCUCAUUAUCAUCUUACUAUCAAUCUCCAUCAAACAUUGUUUCUCUAUUUGCAUCAGUAUCAAGUUUUCUAUCUUUGUCUACAACAUUCCAAACAUUAAUAACAGAUUCAACAAUUUCUUUAACAAAUUACAAUAUAUUUUGGAAAGGCCAUGCAUCUGAAUACAAUUUUGAAAAAUCUUCUCAACAAGAUGAAUCCUCACUUUCUAAGCAGUCGUCAUCAGCAUCAACAUCAACAUCAUCUUUUUUAUCCAUCUCCUCAUCAACAUCCUGUUCAUUGUUGUCAUUGCCAUCACAGUCAGCUUUAUCAUCAUUAUUAUCAUAUUCAAUAUCAUCAUCACCAUCAUUGUCAUCUUUGCCAUCAUCAUCAUCGUCAUUAUCAUCAUUGUCAUCUUUGUCAUCAGCAUCAUUAACAUCUUCAUCUUUCUUGUCCUCAUCUUCAUUGCUGCUGUUGUCAUUGUCAUCAUUAUCAGCAGCAUUAUCAUCAUCAUCGUCAUUGUCAAAAUCAUUCUCUACUGCAGUACAUGCUGAAAGAUUUGAGUUGGAAACAAUGAAAGGCUCAUUUUCUCCUACUAAAUUAACACCAUCUCCUUAUGGUCAAUCAAUAUCCUUGAUGAUCCACCAGCAUACAACACAAUCUCCACAUAAACAUAGAUUUAAUUUUGGAGACAUCAUUGCCUCAUGGGAAAAACAUUUCAGUCCAGCUGUUGGACACUUGCAACCAUCGAUUAUAGAUGCCACAGAUUCAAAAUUUCUAAUGACUUCUGUUAAUGCCAAAAUGAACUUUUCUAUUGGAAUUUCAACUAAAGCACUAAUGCAUGAUUUUACUCUGAAAGAAUUAUUCAUUCACAAUAUAGUUAAAGUAGAUCAGUCACAGGCCAUACUAGAUAAAGGACGUGCUAUAAUAGCACAAGUACCAUCCACAACCUCAAUGACUUCUUCACAGGAAAUGGAAAUGUCAUCAUCCUUGCUAUUGAGUGAUUUCAUAUCAACACAGAAAAGUCAAAAAAAUAUAUGGGAUGUAAAUUCAAUAUUGCCUAGCAGCAGCAAGCUAGCUUAUUUGUCAACUUCUGCUUUUGGAAGCACUGCUGGGGAUGGUGUUGAAUUUGUUAUACAUGUUUCAACAUUAUAUAUGGGUAUGUCAGGUUCUGCAGGAUCCAGAAUGCAUGUGGAUUAUAUGGGUUCAUUACAUCCAUCCUCUUCAUCUUUUGAAAAUCAUAUUGAAUAUUUUGACGCCACAGAAGAAAUGAAAAGAAAAGUCUUAAACAUACAUACAAAUUUUGGUCUUCAAGAAAACCAAGAAAGCAUUCUUGAUGAAACAAAUGUGAUAGAAAGGCCAGAACAGACAGAAUCUUCACAGGAAACCUUAGAAAGAAAACAUCUGGAUUCUUUGAACUAUGAAUUAUAUUCAACUGCUACAUUUAUAGUAGCCCCAUUUACAGAUAUAAAUGUGGAAUAUUCGAUACAGUCUGACAGUGUUGAUGCUGAUAUCAAACUUCUCAAAAUUCCUGUAUUCAAGACAGAAACUCCAAGAGAAUCAUUACAAGUCGAACAUACAGUCUCUUUGAACCAUAAACUAUUUGCAACUGCCACUGAUGUUAAUAAGCAGGAAGAAUAUAUCUCAAUAAAAAUCCCAGGAAGAACUUCAGUUUUCUCAGAUGUUCAAAUAGAUUCAAGCUGGACACAACUUGAUAAACCAAAUCUAAUGCUUUCAGGCUCUUUGGACACUUCACAAGGGAAAAUACAAGUUCUCCUUGAGUCUGAUAAGACUUCUUUAAAUUCAAUGCAGCUAGCAUCUUUAGUUCAAUAUGCAGAAGACACACCUGUUGACAGUGACAAAGAGAAAACCAAGUUUAGAAUAAAUCCAACACCAGCUUCCUUGUUUGAUAAUUUGACUGAAACUUCUGAUGACAUUGACCAAACGUUCGAAGAGAGUAAUGCUUCUCAGGCAACAGUAUACUUUGGUGUAGAAGAAGAAAAGUCCAAUAAUGGAGGAACAAACAUAGCUGAAAAGGGGCAUGGCUUGGAUUCUGAAUUUUCCAGUCCAGCUGUGGUGUCUGACUCUAUGUUGGUGGAUCAUUCUGUUCAGUGUUCUUGUGUACAUGUUGAUACACCUCUCUUUGAUGCUGAUUUCUUUCUGUACCCAGGGCCAGUAUCGGAGGUGAUUGUUGAUUUUAGACUAUGGACAUCAAUGUUAGCAAUGACAACUCCAUGUUUCACUAGUCUGAAGGAAGUCCUGCAGCAGGCUACCCAGGUCAUUGUGAAUGACCUUGACCUUGCCACCCUGUGUCCUGAGACUCCUGCAAUUAUACUGGCUAACACAACAGGGGCAUUAAAUUUUACUUCUGAAUGGAUUGCAGUCCACAUACCAUUUUUCUUGCACAGCAAAACAUACCCUUACCCACUAAUUUUUAAUUGUGCCCGCCUUGUACAACAGCAAUUCUCUGAUUCAUUCAAAACAACUCUGAACAAUAUAACUGUAAGCAAGUUGACUGCUGAAAGUUGCCCUGAGAUGACUUUCAACUCUAGUUAUUUUGAGAAUAAUGUGCCUCUGACACUGUGUCAGCCAGGCUACAAGUUUCAUGACCCAUCUGGGCAGUGUAUGUAUUGUGGGGACUGCCAGCCAGUAACACCUUCAACAACAAUGUCAGCAGCACAAACAACAUCAUCAACAAUAGAGGCAACAACACCAACAACAGAAGCUACAACCCUGACAACAGCAGCAUCAACGCACAAAACAACAUCUAUAACUAGCACCAAUACCACCACCACAACAAUAAAAACAGAGCCAACACCAACAAACCCAAUAACAACAACAGAACCAACAACAACCUCCAUUGCAACAACAGCAUCAUCGUCAACAGAAGCAAUGACACCAACUUCUACCACCACAGUCUUAUCAACAACAACAACCAUGAUGCUAUCAACAACCACAUCUGCUGGAACAACACCACAAACAGUUCAUUGCGACGCAGGGUAUGGGCUUGCAUUGAAUAUGACCCAGUGUGAGGAGUGUGAGGUAGGGACGUACAAUGAUGGGCUCGGUCAUCAACCUGACCUGUGCAAGAAAUGUCCACUUGGUUACACCACCCAGCUGACAGGACAGGAAAACUGCAGUGUUCCAGUUCAAGAGGAAGUUGCACCAGCAAUCCAAUCAAUGAGUAUCAGUGUUGAGUUAAGCUUUUUCACCACCCUUGAUAACUGUUCUGAUAACCUGGCACCCAUACAAGACACGGUUGAUACUGCAGUCAGAGACUUGUUCAAGUCCAGUAGGGAUGAGAAAUAUGCAGAUGAGAAGUCAUUCUGCUCUGCAAAUUGUACCAAUAUGGAAGUAGAAUUUGUCUCUUGCAACUUGCUGGUAAACCCACAUCAAAGGAAGAGAGCGGACAUUUUGCACCAUCUUGUGUUUAUCCUAACAUUUAGUAAUGUCAGCCCGACAACGACAGAUAAGGUGGACAGCAGUGAGGUUUUAACUGUUACUGUGAUUGCCUACAUCUUGCAUGUUAACCGCACAAACUUAGAUGUCCGCAGUCAGGAUGUUGAGGUUCGGUUCAACAACUACACAUUACCUGUGGUGCAAGUUACAAGCUGCUUUCCAGGCCAUUUCCUUCAGGAACAAAACUGCGCCGAGUGCAUUCCAGGCCAGUACAGUACAGGUGGGGAGAAGUGUGUGGACUGCCCAACUGACAGUUUCCAGAAUCUGACUGGACAAGCUGCCUGCAUACAAUGUCCUCAAUACACAUAUAAUGAUGAGACUGGGUCAACCAGUGAGACACAGUGUCUUAACUGGUGUGAAACAAAUCCAGCACAGUGUAACAAAGGAGGCAAAUGUGUAUCAAUUGGCCGGCGAGCAGCGAAGUGUGAAUGUUUCCAAGGCUACCAGGGAGAGUUCUGUGAAGAAACAGUUGCCUCUACCGCUGGUCCAGAAUCCACAACAUCUACUUCAUCUACUACAUAUGCCACCUCUUCAUUCUCCGUACAAUCAACCCCAGGCACAACUGAAAUCACAUCCCAAACAUUAAAAACUUCAUCUACUAAGACGCCUCCUGUUGUAACAUCAGGAUCGACUAAGCCAUCUUCUGUUGAUACGACAACAUCAUCCAGGACAUCUUCUGGUGAAACAACAGUAACAGCAUCAACUCAGACAUCUCCUGUUGAAACAACAGCAUCAACUCAGACCUCACCUGGUGAAACAACAGUGACAGCAUCAACUCAGACAUCUCCUGUUGAAACAACAGCAUCAACUCAGACCUCAUCAGGUGAAACAACAGCGACAGCAUCAACUCAGACAUCUCCUGUUGAAACAAAAGCAUCAACUCAGACCUCACCUGGUGAAACAACAGCGACAGCAUCAACUCAGACAUCUCCUGUUGAAACAACAGCAGCAACUCAGACAUCUCCUAUUGAAACAACAGCGACAACUCAGACAUCUCCUGUUGAAACAUCAGUGACAGCAUCAAAUCAGACCUCUCCAGUUGUAACAACAGCAUCAACUGACAUAUCUCAUGUUCAAACGACAACAUUAACUCAGACAGCUCCUACAAAAUUAACAGCAUCAACUCAAACAUCUUCUGUUGAAAUGACUUCAUCAACUCAGACAUCUUCUGUUGAAACGGCAGCCUCAACCCAGACAUCUAAUGUUAGCACUUCAGCCUUGACUACCACUGUAUCUCAAAGCUCAGAACAGACAUCUGCUGAAUCUUUAACAAGCUCUGCAGUUGUGUCAGAAAUAACAUCUGCCUCAACCACGAGUAGUGUACCAACCACAGACGUUAAGGUCACAACUACAACAACUGUUCCCUCCAAAAUCACUUCUAAUGAACCAAAACAGACCACCAGUAAUGUGGAUUCCACAUCUACAAAAACAUAUGACAAGUCUUCAACAAGUUUGACAACUACUAUAUCUUCCGAGAUAUCAAGUGACUCUACAGCAGUUUCAGAUUUAACAACUACAGAGAGUGAGCUAACAAGACCAUCUGAUUCUACUAUCCAGCAAACCACAACAGGAGAGUUUAAAGAAACAACUUCUGAUAGAGUUACAUCAACUGAAAGCAAAACAAGCAUUGUUUCUACCACUGAGCCAGCCUCUACUACUGCUGCUGCCUUUAAUUUUUCACAGUGUGAUACAUUAGUGAAUUCAGCGGACUUCAAGUCUAGACCUGUUUUAGAUUUCACAAAGCAGCAGAUACAAUUAAAAUUCAGCACAGUACUAGAAACAUCAACUGUAAAUGAAUUUUGCCAGAAUAAGUAUUCUGGCGCCUUAAAUAUAAUUUUGUCAGAAAGAGAAAAUGAAAUUAAUAACCAGGCAGGUGUUGAAGUGAAAUGCUUAUCUGAAGGAUUCUACCUGUUGCUGGAUACUGUCAUCAAGCAAGUCCCUGGCAAUGAGAUAAAUGUUGACCUGAGAGUUUCUGUAACUGCAUUGGCUGAAGCAGAUAUUGGUACAAAUGACAUGAGUUAUUGUGUAGGGGUUGUGUCAACAUACAAAGACAUUGAGUUGGUACCAUGCCUCUUGCGAUCUGAGACAGUUGAUGUUGGGGGAGAAUGUGACACCAUUAGUGUCAAGGACAACAUGUUUUCCACAUACAGUAUGGCAGUAGUUUGUGCUGAUGGCUGGGUAUCAUCUGGAUUAAAUACAUGUAAACAAGUUUCUGUAACACAGACCCCUGUUGAGCUUACCACACAAGCUCUUUUGACAACUGGUGUGGAAGAAACAACUAAUGGAUCAACUGAGACUUCAACCCAACAGCUGAAAACAACAACAUAUGAGUUAACAACACAGUCUACACCAGUUGAAGAAACUUCAACAGAAAAAGGGACAUCAACCGUGGAUGAAACAUCAACCUUAGAAGCAACAACUGCUAAAACAAUUUCAACUGUAACACCUCAUUCAACUGAGACAGUCAUAACAACAGCAAAAGAAGCUCAUAGUUCUACUGAAACCCUAUUCACAGAUGUUUUCAAUAAUUCAGCUACACCAACUUCAAUGUUUGAGGAAACUACACAUUCUGAAACAACUCUGUCCUCAUCUAUCAGCGCAAAAACCACCUCAAUUUUCAUUGAAGAUACAAGCACUUCAUCCAAAAUAGUAACAAAAACAACAGCAACUACUACAACAUCCACUGGUGUAUCUGCAACUGGUAUUCUAGAGACAACAUCCUCUCCACCUGAAUUGACCACAUCAGAUGAGCCAGGCACAAGAACUACAUCCUCUUCAUCAGCAGUUACAGGAAAGCCAGGUUCAACCACAAUUGCAGAUACUGUCAGCUCCACAGCAUCUACAUCAGAAUCUACAUUGGUCACAACAGAAACAACAACAGAGGCAACUGAAUUAUCAACAACUGUUGAUACAACCUCUACAACAGGUAUUCCAGUAACAUCAGGUUUAACAUCUUCAUUUACUUCAUCACCACCGACAUCAAUUGUGACUUCAACCACAGAGACUCCUUCUAGUGCAACAACAACAUCCACUUCCAUGGGGACAACAUCAACUACCAAAAAUCCAUAUGUACAGCUGACCUGCUAUAUCUGUGAAAAUGAAAGAAAUGAUAUUGACUGCAAGAUUAAAUAUGGAUCUUGCCCUCCUAGUGACUACAAUGAUCCUGUGUGCUACACUCGAGUUAACUACAGCAGCAGAAGGGUGUCCAAGAUCGACAAGUCGUGCAUGAGUCGUAGUCAGUGUGAAAUGCAAAGUAAUAGCAACUGCGAUCCAAGCAGCAACAGUCCAGUGUGUAAUUAUUGUUGUGACACAGCCCAGUGCAACUAUAAUACACAAUUUCUGGACUUUGGUGGGAAGGGCAGGCGCAGGAGAUCUGUGACUGUGAAUAGUGCACAGGGGAUGACAGUUACAUCAGGGCAUUGGAACACAUCAAUACCAGAGUGUAUAGAUGUGACAAAGCCUAUGUUCCAAGACUGUCCUGUGGAUGCGAUAACAACACAGCCUGGAGAACCAAUCAACAUCUCCAUUCCUGUUGCCACGGACAACUCGGGCUUGCCAUUACAUAUCACUGUGCAGCCUGUUAAUUUCACCACUCCAUACUUUACCUCACAGGAUGUGACAAUUACAUUCUAUGCAAGUGAUGACAUGCAGAACAUUGCAAUGUGUACAGUACAUAUAAAAGUGCAGGAGUCAGAUCCCUGUCAAUCCCUGAUCACCCCUGUCAAUGUAAUGAUGACCUGUAAGAUGGGGACAGAAGAUGGGGUGUCUACAAACUCCUGUGAGGCUAGCUGUGUGCCUGGAACUGUCCCUGUUGUGCCUCUUCAGAACCCCUACACAUGUACACAGAAAGAGGGAUGGAGUAACUCAUCCAUACCAGACUGUGUACCAGAGGAAUAUGGGCAGUGUCCAAUGCAGAGGUACAAUGUAUCGUGGUCAGUGUCCGGUCUGCAAAAUGACCGCAGCUGCAGUCUUCAAUUGGAAGACAUCAAGACCGGAAUAUGGUCCAGAGUGUCCGGUCAGCCAGUCAUUGACAUCUCAUCAAACAUAUUUACUUCCAGUAGUAAGCAAUUUCGAGCAGUCUUCACCAUGUCAGUAGAACAACGCAGCGAACGAUGCCUAGAUCUUCUUAACACCACUGUGCUCGACAAUAUUGUCAUAGGGAGCUCGUGUGGGGAUAAAGUUAACCUCACCGCCCCACAAAUGGCCCCUCCUACAAUCCAUUGUGGGCCCACCAUGAUUUUACCACAGGAAACUUUGAGCUUGAAGGGCCUUUGUUGGCCAUGUCCGAGAGGUAUGAAGGUGAUGGGGGGCAUUUGUCAGUUGUGUCCCAUGGGUUAUUACCAUGAUCACCAGUCAAACACAACAUGUGUAGCCUGCCCAAAGGGAACCUCCACCAGAGGUACUGGGGCAAAUGCAGUUGAAAAAUGUGUUGCUAAGUGCACUGCUGGUCACUUCUCUCCCACUGGACUUGUACCUUGUGCCUCCUGCCCUCAGCACCACUACCAACCAGACUCUGCACAGACUAGUUGCCUACCUUGCCCUCGUAAUAACUGUACAGUUGGGACUGGAAGCAAUCAACUAGCAGAAUGCACUGAGAGCCACUGUGACAUGUGUAGCAGAUCACCAUGCCGACACGGAGGAGUCUGUAAACUGGCUGACACCUACACAGGCUACAGCUGUGAUUGUCGUCAAGGUUACACAGGACCAAAAUGUCAGUUCAGAGUUAAUCCCUGUGAUUCCGCAUUGUGUAACCAUGGCAACUGUGUGGGUGACCCAAUCCAGCUACACUGGCACUGUGUCUGCUAUCCAGGAUUCACUGGAGACAAGUGUCAUGAGAACCUUGAUGACUGCGGAGGCCAUGAGUGUAAAAAUGGUGGUUUAUGUGUAGACCUGGUCAACGGAUACAUUUGUAACUGUACGGGUACUGGUUACCAUGGCAGCAGGUGUGAAAAGAAACUAGAGCAGUGUCACUAUGACAACUGUCUCCAUGGAGGCACAUGUGUGGAGGUGGAAGGGGAAUGGCACUGUAUUUGUUUAGAUGGGUACAUUGGUACCUACUGUGAGAUGGCUGUUAACCUGUGCGACAACCACACCUGCUACAAUGAUGGGCUGUGUCUACUGAACUCUACUCAGCAGCCUUAUUGCAUCUGCAAGGCCAACUUCACUGGUGAAAAUUGUUCUACAAGCUUGGUCUGUGAUCCUACCUUCUGCAACGGCCAUGGAGUUUGUUUGCACAAAGAGAAUGGCAACAGCUGUGUAUGUGAAACAGACCACACUGGAGAAUUCUGUGAACAAGGAUUGGCCUGUGACCGUCACCACUGUAACCUUAGCAACACCAUUGAAUGUCUGGACAAUGAGGGCAGCUAUGUCUGUGUUUGCCGUACAGGAUGGACUGGCAAAACCUGUAGUGAGUCAGUUGACAGGUGUGAACCGAACCCCUGUGAACAUGGGGCCACCUGCAUUUACCAUGGCAACCACUUCAUGUGCACCUGUCCUGACGGAUAUAUAGGUUACAAUUGUGAGAUAAACAUAGAUGAGUGCAGCAGCUCUCCUUGCCUGAAUGGAGGAAGUUGUUUGGAUGAGGAGUCUGGGUACACGUGCACCUGUGGGCCACACUUUACUGGUACUCGAUGUGAGGACGAGCUGGACGCCUGUGUGUCAAGCCCCUGUGGUCUUCAUGGACAGUGUGUGGACACGCUACAUGGAUACUCAUGUCUGUGUAAUGCUGGAAGGACAGGAUCAGAAUGUGACGAGAUUGUCUCCCCCUGCCUGUCCAAACCAUGCCAGAAUAAUGGCACCUGUAUUCAACUUAAUGACAUCUUUACCUGCCAGUGUACAUCUGACUACAAAGGCAAGGAUUGUGAUGCAGUUAUUACACCAUGUGACUCUCACCCAUGUUUAAAUGGUGCUACAUGUCACUACCUUGACCUGACCGUCAACUGUCAUUGCCCAACUGGCUACCAUGGAGACCGCUGUGAGGCUGAGUGUGAAGCUGGGGUUUGUGAAAAUGGUGGGAACUGUUUGAAGAAGGGAGCUGAGAUUGUGUGCUCAUGUUUGCCUGGAUUUACAGGGAAAACAUGUGAAAAAGAUCUGCUAGGUAACUAUGACAUGUACCUGUCAGGUCAAGCACCUGUGACGUGUUCACAGCAUUAUGCAUCAGGCAGUCUGUCACAGCUAGCCAUGUGUGUGUGGGUUUUCCAGCCUCCAACAACUGAAACAUUCCUUAGGGUUACAAAUGAUAGUGUUGAGGAGAUGUUGUCAGUGUCAGGUGAGAGGUUUCGUCUGUCCUUGUUCCCUGACCUUCCCACCCACAUUUCCCCCUGGUCCCCGGGGCAGGGAUGGACACGCCUCUGUGUCACAUGGUCUGGCCAGACUGGACAGUGGGCAGUGUGGGCAAACAACAUGCAGAUUGGCAGUGGCAUGGAGUAUGGCAUGGGAAGGCAUAUUGAAGGGUUGGUAGUUACUGUAGGCCAUAUAAACGGGCCUCUCUUCCCUGUAAGACUUACAGGGCUGGAUGUUUACAGUGGCAUGCAACCCAUUGACCUGCCCUUAGACAACUGCACUGGUAACCAUGGUGAUGUGCUGAGCUGGGCUGGGUACUCCAUAUGCAUACAGCAGGCAGAGAGUAUGGUGGCACCUUCCACCUGCCCUACUAGCGUAGAAAAUGAUAAGAGCCCUCCUUCAGUGGUUAACUGCCCUAGUGACAUUACUGUAGAAGUGUACGCUGAAGAGCCUCGUACAGAGGUCACAUGGCAGAAGCCCGAGUUCACUGACAAUGUAGAGGUGGUGGACGUCAAGCAAACACACUAUUCAGGUCAGGUAUUCACCUUUGGAGAGUAUUUCAUCACAUAUACAGCAUUUGACAGAAGCAACAACUCGGCGUCAUGUACAUUCAGGCUGUUUGUAUUAGCCCAGGUUUGCAAAGCGCCAGUCAUGCCUGAGAGCACAGAGGUGUCAUGUGACCAGCUAGAGCAUGCUGGGAAGGUGUGUGAGGUAUCGUGCCUUGGUAACUACGCUUUCAUGGAGCCUGUGCCACUGUUCUUCAAGUGUGGGCCUGAAGGAUUAUGGGAUCCCCCUCGAGGAACGACAUUCAACUUCCCCCAUUGCACUGGUUACAUAUUCCCGACACUAACAUACAGUGGUAACAUGACCUUGAUGGCUUCGUCUGAUACUGUAUGCUCUGAAAGCUCCAAGAUGGAAGUUGCAUGCCGCCUGCUACAGCGGGCUGUCCAGACUGGUUUGUCUCAUGGUGUUAAAUGUACAGACUGUGCGUCUGUAGACUGUGACAUAAAGGAAGUCCAUGUAGACUGUCUCAUCCAGUCCAUCACAAAAAGAUCAACUGAACCAGUCAUCUUUGAUGCAAACUUUACAUUUUCUUCUGAGAUGUCAGUCCCAGUGAUUCCAUAUUCCAAAAUUGGUGAGUUCCAAACUAGCCUGAAGUCGGGGGUUGCAGGUUACCAGGUUCUGUCAGUUGCCAUGGCAGCCAGCACUUCCUGUGUAGAUAGUCAGGUCUUCACCGAUAACAAGUGUGUGAACUGUAGUGCGGGGUUUUACUACAAAUCCUCCCAGUGUGUGCCAUGUCCAGUGGGUCAGUAUGCUGAUGGUGAGAGUCAGACCUCGUGUACACCGUGUGAACCUGGCUUUACCACCAGAGGAUUGGGGGCUACCAGUCUAAAAGACUGCUAUUUAUCAUGCUCCCCCGGCCACUAUGCGUUGGAUGGUAGCUGUGAAAAGUGUGAAUUGGGCUUCUACCAAGACCAACCUGGAGCCCGGGCCUGUAUCCCUUGUCCCCUUGGCAACAUAACUCUCUCCCCAGCUGCCACCUCCAUCAGACAGUGUGAAUUUGCGUGUAGUAUGCUUGGGUUUGAGCUCUCCUUGGAUGGAAACUGUGUGCCAUGUUCCCUGGGAACAUACAAGUCGGAGAGGUCAGAGGUCAGCUGCCAACCAUGUCCCUACGGUUACACCACACUCACGACAGGGGCCUCCAGCGUGAACAAGUGUAUACUGGUCUCAGACGCAGCACAAUGUGAGAGUUGUGGCCUGUCCUCACAGUGUGUAGAGGCAGAAAAUGGUUUCCAGUGUCAGUGUGAGGAAGGAUUUACACUCAAUGGGAACUCCUGCUCACCUGUUGAACCUGGUGUCAAGCAGGUAACACCAGAUGAAGGUGUAUCCACAGCUCUUGUGGCAGCAGUUGGUGGCAGUGUUCUAGGAGUAGUCCUCAUUUUUGCUGCCAUUGUCUAUGUUUGUCUUCGCAGGCACACAGGCAACUGUCAUAACAAGGCUCCAAACAACAUCAACUUGUACCGCUGGGAUCUACGUUCAAGUUUUCGGGCGUUUGCCAAGCGUUACAGCCCCUGGGCAUCUGACUGGUCGGAGAGGAGUCAGAGACCCUCAGAAAUUGAUCUCCCAGUGAGGCUUCAUUCCUUGACACCUGUCCGAGAGGAUUACAGUGAGGGCAGUGGUAUUACCAGUAACAGUUACUUCUGAGGUAUCACCAAGAUUAGCUACUUCUAAACAGUGAUCUCAUAUUAAGCUCACCCCCGGUGACUUUUAUGAUAACAUUCUAGUUAUGAUUUGGACAAAUUCAUUGUGACAAAGCGUUCCAUGCAUUUUUCAUGUGUUAUUUUAAUUAAUGACUUUAAUGGAAUUGCUAAGUGCCACAAUUUAAUCAGAUUGUUUUCAUUAUCUUUAUUAAUUGUAUAUGUUGAUUCUGUAUAUUUGUAUUAUGUACUGGACUUUUCUAUGAUCAAUAUGAAGUAAACUAUAUGGUUAUUUAGAUGUUUACUAUAUUAUUUAUACCAAAAAAGGGAGACCUUUUAAGAAAUCUCAUAAAGAUAUUAGCUAACAAACAUUUUGUAUGAUCAUGUUUCCAUCACAAAUACGUUGUAUGAUCAUGUUACCAUGUCCUAUAUUACAUUCAUUGACUUGGAAAUAGCUUUAAUAUUAUUGUGUUUAUGUUCUAGAAUGUUAAAUUAUGAACCUGUGUAUUCAUGUACAUAUGUUUUAUGAUUAUGUUGCCAUCACAAAUAUGUUGUAUGAUUAUGUUGCCAUCACAAAUAUGUUGUAUGAUCAUGUUGCCAUCACAAUUAUGUUAUAUGAUUGUGUUGCUAUCGCAAAUAUGAUUAUGUUGCCAUCACAAAUAUGUUGUAUGAUUAUGUUGCCAUCACAAAUAUGUUGUAUGAUUAUGUUGCCAUCACAAAUGUGUUGUAUGAUCAUGUUGCCAUCACAAUUAUGUUAUAUGAUUGUGUUGCUAUCGCAAAUAUGUUAUAUGAUUAUGUUGCCAUCACAAAUAUGUUUUAUGAUUAUGUUGCCAUCACAAAUAUGUUGUAUGAUUAUGUUGCCAUCACAAAUAUGCUGUAUGAUUAUGUGUCCAUCACAGAUAUGUUAUAUGGAUCAUGUCAUAUGAUCAUGUUGCCAUCACAAAUAUGUUAUAUGGAUAAUGUUAGAUGAUCAUUUUGCCAUCACAAAUAUGUUAUAUGGAUCAUGGUAGAUGAUCAUGUUGCCAUCACAAGAAUGUUGUAUGAUUAAGUUGCCAUCACAGAUAUGUUAUAUGGAUCAUGGUAGAUGAUCAUGUUGCCAUCACAAAUAUGUUGUAUGAUUAUGUUGCCAUCACAAAUAUGCUGUAUGAUUAUGUUGCCAUCACAAAUGUGUGGUAUGAUCAUGCUGCCAUUACAAUUAUGUUGUAUGAUCAUGUUGCCAUUAUAAUUAUUUUGUAUGAUUAUGCUGCCGUCACAAUUAUGUUGUAUGAUGACAUUGCCAUCACAGAUCAAGUUUCAUAUAAAUGUUCCAGAAGUUUCAUAGUACUAGAAUGUUAACUUUGAUAUUUCUUAUGCAUCUGUGAAAUCGUUCACAUGUGUUUAAUUAAGGUGUCUCUAAUUUAUUGCAUAGUACACGGUAUUUGUGUCAACAUUUUAUUUAUUUAUGGGAAGGCUUUCUGUGUAUGCUUGUUGCACAAAGUAUGUGGCUUUUGCACAUGUUUGAUUUUUGCAUGUAAAUUAUUGUUUCCUUUGAAUUGAUAUUCAUAUAUAUGUUGCAUUUUGUGUUUUUUAGUUACUUGUGUUCAAAUAUUGUUUGUUUUCCAAUGCAAUAUAUAUAUUCAUUUGAUAUUAAGUUCAUCUUGUGCAAUGUCAAUUGUUUUAUGACAUUACUGUGUUUAUCUGUUUCCAGAAUAAUUGUUAUGUUACGGAAAAGUAAUCUUGUUAUUUCAAAUUUGAUUCCUUCUUUAUAGUAAAGUAUUCUAGAUUUUAUGAAUUUAAAUACAAAGCAAGCCAGUAAUGGUUAUUUUUUAAAUAGAGUUUGAUUAUUUUAUAAAUGAUCAAGUACAGCAUCGUUUUUAUUAUCCAUGGGCACAUUUUAAUAAAGAAGUUUAGUAGUUGGUUGUUAAAUGAUUAUAAAUGUCCCAAAUGGCAACACAUUCAUUAACAUUAGUUCCUCAACUUUUUGUUCAUUUGUAAUGCUGGCUAAAGUUCAAUUUAUUUAAAUAUGUAGCAUGGUAUUGAAAUUAUGACAAUAAGACAAUUUAUGACAAUAAGACCAUUUCAAUUCAUGACUAAAAUUGACUAAGAUCUGAAUUAGAACAGCCUCCUGGCCCCAAUUUCUCCAAGCAUCUUAACCUUAAAAGGCUUAGGUAGCUUCAUUCAAUCAGCCAAAAUACAUACAUAUUUGUACCUUAGAUUUGUUUUUGAUAAAUAAAGAAAAGAUUUUUGUGAUUUUUUACAUGAAGUUAAUUCCUAUUUAAAGUCUAAGAACUCUUAAAGAAGUAAGUAUUAAGCAAAUCAUAAAAGACAAAAAUGGUGAGUUUACCUGAAUCUUGUAUUAUGGGACUUCAGAAGUUUCUGAAAAUUUGGCCAAAAGAAUAAGUCUUUACAAUAAGUUGCUGUAGUUUAAAUGCUGCUGUGUGUGUCGUGUAAGUUUUCCAAUGUUUCUGUUGAUUCAGUAUGCCAAUUUGCUCAUCUUUGUGACAAUCAUAUCAUGAAGAAUUGAACAUAUCUUUCAUAUGUGGACAAAAAAAUUACUCACUUUGUUUUAAAAAUUAUAAGUAUAAAUUUGUACCUUUGCUUGUAAAUCGUCAUUGGGAAAAAAAUGGUUACUUCAUGGUUUGUUUUUCUUCAAUAUAUGUUUGGCAGUUUAUAGAUGCACAACGCAGUAAAAGCAUGAUAUAUUUUGUGGUGUUAUAAUAUUAUUUGUAUUUUUUCCCCUUUUUAUGAUUUUAUACUAAAGAUUUGGUUACUUUUCAGAAAAGGAAGCUUGCCAAACUUAAUUGGUUAUUCCAGUAGUAGUUCUGUUUUUGUUACAUUUGUUAUUUAUGUAAAAGAACAUUCCACUGUUUUAAAAAAAAUAAAGAGUUGAACCUUUU